CGUUAAGUAGCGUCGGCAGGUGAGAAUGAAGUCGAGCAAUAAAUUAGCGAUAGCUGGCGCGCGAGAUACAGUUACGAGUCUAUAUAGAAGACUCCGGAGAGCGUUCGCGGAUCAUUCGUCUCUGGCCAUGAGGAAGAUGAUACGCGCGUCGAUUCCAUUGGUUCUGGCGAGUCUGUCGCUGGUCUCGGUCAUGCCGCAAGUCACGUCGUAUGCCAAAGUGUCGAGAAACGGUCAGGAAGGCGCGGACGCGGGGCUCGAUCCAGAUCCGUGGACAAUCAGCAACGGAACGCAAAGUGAAUCGAGGAGUUUCCAGAAUAUCGCGAUCACCGUGUCACCAGUGUACGUACCACCGAAGGUAUCGAGUCUGAAAAACGGCGAAGCGAUCGACUAUGCGCCCGUGAGAUACUCGACGUUGGACCACGAGAUGAUAGCGAAACUGAGCGCGAAGAAACAGAUUCAGGACAGGUAUCAUCCACCGACGCUCCAUCCUUACAAAGACAAGGAAUCGUCGAGCGACGCGAAGGACAGCUCGAAGCCUGUCGGUCGUCCGAGCGAUCCACCCACGGGCCCUACGUCUCCGGGCGCGUUCGACUUUUCUAAGCCAACGUUUUCGGAGAGCUACGACUACGAGCCACCGGAUUACCUGAGCAGUAAGCCGAUUUCGAAGCCGCCGGAUUACCUCGGUGACAAACCGAUCUCGAAACCUCUGUCGAUGGACGACUACGGGGAUUCCGAUAUGAACGACAAGCCAUCGGACUCUUACAAACCGGAUUCCUACUACGGGAACCACGACUACUCGGACUAUCCACCGGGCAGGCCGUACAACAACGACGCGGCACCGAAACCGAUGGAGUAUUCCGGGCAUCUGGAUCGUCCACCGUACGGCAGUCACGACGACAACGACGACGACAACGAUGACGACGACAACGGCGACGGCCUUCACGACGAUCACUCUUACGGGCACCACGGGCACCAUCACGAUUUCCAUCACGAAGUGAUAUACGAUCACAUACCGGAGUAUCACGAACACGCGGAGGAAAUGAACGACCAGCGGCUGAACAAGAAACCGUAUUCUUACUACUUCAUAGGGAGGAAGCUAUGGUACAUUCCUUUGUACUUCAGCAUAUACUUCAUCAUCUAUAUCGCAGCCCUGGUACUGAAGAGCAUCGCCAGGCACAAAAUCACGUUUCCCGAACACUUGGCGGACGCGGUGAACCACCACAGGUCGUACGAUCAAACCUGGUGGGAUUACACGGGCUCGAUAUUGCAGAGCAUCGAAACGUUCGCAGAGAAGUAUGGAAAGGUCUCUUAAACCAUCUCCUCAUUUCGAUCGACGGGGUCGCAGACGUAGGCGGAAGCAUGGGACGAUUUACUGACCGACGGGUCGAUAGAUUUCAGCACACUUCCGUCAAUGCAAUAUGUAGCACGAGCAAGGCGAACGACUUACAGUACGAGACGAUCCUGUACAUGUAAAUACUAUUUUAAGCCUGUUGUAAAUAUUUGAUAUUAUAAUUUCAUUUGAUCGACGUAUGUAAAAGUAGAGACACUUGAGAUUAAACAGUUUCAUCCUAUUGAUCGUGGAACUGUAUCUGUCACGCACACGGUUAGCCACUUUGGUCGAUUCGAAGCGAGUCGACUAAGAGCGAGAUAAAUAAAAAGCGCACACGAUCCGGUGUAUGUCCAUCAAUUUUUCCUGGCGGAAUCGACUCGCUCGAAUCCUGUAUUCGACGAAGAUCGCGCGAAACGCGAUAGGACGCGCGUCGACGCACACCCGAUGCCUAAAUUCCCGUGAAACGAGGCGUAUUCGGUUAUGACCGCUUCUUGCGGCAGCGUCAUCGGGCGGUGGCGCAAGUUUUUCACGAGACAACGAGCCGGAAUUUGUCAGUAUCGGUGGGAUCGAAAGAAUUACUGGAAACGUAGCGAGAAUUCUGAUGGUUCCCGCAUUCCGGUCGAUCAAUUAUUGCUUCCUUGGAUCAUUUUCUUUCCACGCAUGAAUCCCCUGAUUUCGUUGUGUACCGAGAACGCAAACUAACUCGCGUUCGCGCUCCGAACGUCUCGUAAGAAGCUUCGUCGUGACGAACAAACGCUAGGUCAAUUUUAAUUUUAUGUAUUUAUGUAUCAGUUGGAAUUAAAUGAUCGUUUCCAAACCUCU